AGCAUAUUAUGAACUCUUCGAACCCUAAAAUUCCACUGAAAGGUAUCCUUCGAGCUAAGGAGGUGAACAACAAUUUCAAAUCUAAGAAGGUUAUCAUUCAGGAAAUCAGAGACAUUAAUAAGCCAAUACUUGGUCAACUUAACUGAUUUUUUCAGGAUGAUUUUAGCCCAAACCAGUUGAGUCCUUCAACCGCAAUGAACUCAAGAAGAUACAAUUCUGUAAGCUACCACCCUGAGAAGAAAGAGACUAACCCAGGAGAACCAUUAUUCCCAUAUCCACCAUUAAUCUACUGUGAAAAGAAGAAUGAUGUGUCAAAAUGGCACUAUAUAGCUCAAGAGGCAAACAUCACUAAUAACAUGACUGGGAAAGGUCACAAUUUGAAAGAGAUGCUCAAGCUUAGAAAAGAAGAACACGAUAAACAUCAGAGGCUUCUAUAUGCCUUUACUACUCACAAGAAAUUUUCAGAUGUCCUCAAAAUGGGACAAUUAGAGUUCUAUAAGAAAAAUUCAAAAUCUCCAAAAAGAGGGACCAAAGCUGGAUACAGAAAUACGAGGACAUCUAGAUUUAGCUCCAUGAAUAUUUACGAAAGCAACGAGGGUUUUAAACAAGGAGAUAGCUCUAAGAAAAUAUCUAACGAAUUCUUUAUUAAAGUUGGUGACACUUCACCACAAAAUGCUCAAAGUGUCAAAAGGGAGUCUAAAAAAUUAAUCGAGAUAUGUGAAAUUAGUGAUAAGCUUACUCCUAACAAGGCUUCAAUGUCUCUCAACAAGUUUACGAAUAAGUUUUACACCAAUAAAGAUGUUCAAAAAAGACACAAAUUAAACUCCAUAAUUAAGUUUAUUAAAUAAUGAAAAAGAAAUCAAGAGAGAACAGAAAGUCAUGGAUUUCUUUAAUCUUAACAAGAAACAGAAGAAGAGUAAUUUCCAAACUCGUAGGAUGAGUCAACCUCAGACUAGGUUGUCAACAACAGCUAGCUGUACUACUCAUGUCACUAAGAAUAUGUGUCCUAAGCUGAGACUGAACCUGAAUUCGAAGUUGAAUAGAUGUUUUAAUAUCCAUUGCAAAGAAAUAACUAAAGUUGAUAGGAUGAAAAAGGAAUAUAGCCAGACCCAGACUAUCCAAAAUUCACCUUCAAAUAAGAGAGACUCUUUCGAGAGAAGGUUAUCCCAAUCCAACAGAAGUGAUAUUGCAAAUUAUAACCCAUCAGCAUUUGAUAAUUCAAGUGCCAAGAAUUCCAAAUUCCGUGAGAUAAGCUUCCCAAAGAACAAAACCCAAAUAAUGACCGAUUACAAAGACGAGAAGAUAUUAAAAGAGACAUGUGCGCCUGGGAUAAGAAAACUCACUCAAUUCUACGAUAACUUCCAAGAUAUUAGGAACCAGUUGAGGUCAUGCAGGAAGUUAAGAUGGAGAAAGUCAAGUUCUAUCUGCUAAUCUUUCUCUUGAACCACCCGCCUGCUUGGCUUUCAUUAUUAUAGCAGAAUUUUCAAUAACCAUUAGCUGU